AUUUUGUUACCACGUAAAAAUGGAUUUUCUUUUUUUCUACUUUAUACCUUUAUAUUUACGCUACAGUUAUUUAUAUUCGUUUAUUUCCGUCGAACCGAUUGUAAAUAUUGUUCUCUAAUCGAUAUUGGUAGACAUCGUUUGACAUAUCAUCAGCAUGUUGUCCAAAAUUGAAUCUUUAUUCAUUUUUCAAAUUGAAUCUUGUAGGAAGUGAUAGUCAGCCGUACAUAAAAUAAAUUAAACAGUUUUUAUAUAACAGAUAAAGCCGUAAUUGAUUGAAAAAUUAAUGUGAUUUUGAUUGUAAUAUUGUAUAUGGACGUUUAUGGAAAGAUGUAAAAUCAACUCAUAUUAAUUAAUCUAUUUACUUUUUUGAUACUUAUACAUAACAACUGACAGUUGUGAAACAUAAUUGAAGAUGAUUGAGACUACUCAUAUUGAAUCUUUAAUCGAAAAACAUGACACUCCCAUUAAAACGGAUUCGAAAGGAGAUAAGCGUAAUAUUUUUGUACUAUUGGUGUUGUAUACCUUACAAGGAGUACCAUUAGGUUUAUCCUUAGCAAUACCUAUUAUUAUACAAAACAUGCAUCGAUCAUCAUUUAAAGAACAAGCUAAAUUUAGUUUGGCAAUAUGGCCAUUCAGUUUGAAGCUUUUGUGGGCGCCAUUAGUUGAUUCUUUGUUUUUACGAAAAUUAGGCCGUCGAAAAUCAUGGUUAAUUCCAGUUCAGUAUUUCUUAGGCAUAUUUUUCUUCAUUACGGGUUAUUAUAUAAACGAAUGGUUAAAUAAUGAAAAUAAACUAAAUAUUAAUGCUUUAACAUUAAUAUUUUUUAUUUUAAAUUUCCUUGCUGCCACUCAAGAUAUUGUUGUAGAUGGUUGGGCAUUAACCAUGUUAAAAAAGCAAAAUAUUAGUUACGCUUCAAUGUGUAAUAAUGCUGGACAAAUCUUCGGAAUAUUUUUGGGUUAUAAUUUGUCGGUUUUAUUGAUAUCGAAAUCGUUUCUACCAAACGGUGCAGUUAUUACUUUACAAGGAUAUUUUUAUUUUUGGGGAAUUAUUUAUAUAGUCGUUACCACGUUGGUAGCCAUACUUAAAUAUGAAAAAGAUUGUUUAACAGAAUUUAAUGCCGUUAAUCUUAGCAUUGUCAAAACGUAUAUGUUACUUUUCAGUAUAAUGAAAUUACCAAGUAUCAAAAAGUUUGCAAUUAUAUUAUUUACUAUUAAAAUGAGUUUUUGUUCAGUCGAUGCCGCGUUUAAAUUGAAACUUAUAAAUUGUGGAAUCACCAAAGACGAAAUUAAUUCUAUGGAUUUGUUAAUUAUACCUUUAAAUUUAUGCUUACCAUUUUUUGUUGCAAAAUUUACAUCGAAAGAAAAACCAUUAAUAAAUUAUUUCAAUACUAUACCCUACCGAUUAUUAUUCGGUGUAAUUUUAACACUUAUCGCAAGCUUAACACCUUAUUUUUUGGUUCAGACUGGAUCAUUACUUAUGACGUACAGAAUAUUUUUAGUGUUAAUGUAUAGUUUACAACAGUUGAGUGUGAAUGUUAUGAAAUUAACAUCAAUGGCAUUUUAUGCAAGCAUAAGUGAUCCAAAAAUCGGAGGUACAAAUAUGACUCUGUUGGCAACUAUAUCUAAUUUAGGAGAUGCGUGGAGCAAAACUGGAUCUUUAUGGCUUAUUGAAUUUCUAUCUUUUAAACGAUGUUCAAACGGUCCUAGACAAAUUUGUUUGUCAAAUAAUCAGAAGGAAAUGUGCAGUUUGUUUGGUGGAACCUGUGAAGUUUAUAUCGAUGGUUUUUAUAUAGAAACUAUCAUAUGUACAAUUUACGGAAUAAUAUGGAUUUUUAUUUUUAGAAAUAUCAUAAAUAAUCUUCAAUCCAAACAUGUAAAAGAAUGGCAUGUAGAAAUGAAAAUAAAAGAACUAUAUUGAUACAAUGAUGUACUGACUAAAAUAUUAAUGUAAAUUGUUCAAUGAAACAUUUUAAGCUUUUGCAUUAUAUUUGAAAUAUUAUCUUGUACUUUAAAUUUCCUAUAUUUUUAUAUUAGGUAAGUCUUAAUCCAAUAUAUGUAAUCAAUCAGUAAUUAAUCUUUCAGA